AUGACGACCCUGGAGACGUAUUUUUCCCUGACAUCUUUGCUAUUAUUGUUUGUUUUUGCUGGUAGAGUUCAAUCUGCCGUAUUUGAUGUGAAAAAUUAUGGUGGUAAAGCCGAUGGCAAGUCAGAUAUUAGCAAGGCAUUAUUGGGCGCGUGGAAAGAGGCUUGUUCAGCAAAGGGUUCCAACAUAGUUGUAGUACCCAAAGGAACAUAUUCCAUAGGUUUAACUGACUUAAAUGGUCCAUGCAAGGGAGCCAUGGAGCUUCAAGUCCAAGGAACCUUAUUGGCACCGAUAAACCCUAGCAGUUAUGCCAAGGACAGCUGGAUUACUUUUGCAUACAUUGAUCAAUUCAAAUUAUCCGGUGGUGGAACCUUCGACGGACAAGGGCAAGUGGCUUGGAAGCAAAAUAACUGCGGUCGAAAUCCAAAAUGCAAGAGACUUCCAGUUGACGUAACAUCGCUCGAUAGUAAGAAUUUCCAUGUCAAUCUUCUAGGUGGCAAAAACCUUACUUUCGAUCGCUUCACGAUCACUGCACCAGGAGAUAGCGUCAAUACAGAUGGAAUUCACAUCGGGCAUUCAAACGGGAUCAACAUUAUUAAUUCAAAUAUUGCCACCGGCGAUGACUGCAUCUCCAUUGGUGGUGCCAGCGAACAAAUAAGGAUCACAAACGUACGAUGUGGACAUGGACAUGGCAUUAGCGUGGGAAGUUUAGGGAAGACCACUGAUGAAUUUGUCUCUGGAAUUUUCGUAAGGAACUGCACCUUCUAUGACACCGACAAUGGAGUGAGAAUUAAGACAUGGCCGGCAUUACAUGGUGGCAUGGCCUCUGAUAUGCAUUUCGAGGAUAUUAUGAUGAAAAAUGUCCGCAACCCUAUCAUUAUAGAUCAAAUGUACUGCCCAUGGAAUCAGUGCAAUCCAAAGGUAACGCGAAAAGAAAUGAAAAUGAAAGAGUCUCUUAAUGCAUUUUCCGUGGACAAAUCUGCCCGCAACAUGAAAUUUCUGUAA